AAAGUCCAAUAAAAUAAAAAGUAGGAGGGUAGGAGUAGGCGGUGGUUCGAGCAAAUUGAGGUUUCCAGUUUUGAAAUCGUGGGCGAUCUGAGCGAAGGAAUAAAGAUGGUGGUGGUUUCAUCUCAGAACACGGUGGUUAACACCUACCCUCUCUCCAGCUACACUUUCGGCACCAAGGAGCCCAAGAUGGAGAAGGACACCUCCGUCGCUGAUCGUCUCGCUCGCAUGAAAAUCAACUAUAUGAAGGAAGGAAUGAGGACCAGCGUCGAAGGAAUUUUAUUGGUGCAAGAACACAAUCAUCCGCACAUACUUCUUCUACAAAUUGGAAAUACCUUCUGCAAACUCCCAGGUGGUCGCCUCAAGCCAGGAGAGAAUGAAGUUGAAGGCUUGAAGAGAAAGUUGACUAGCAAACUCGGUGCUAAUUCACCCACUCUUGUGCCUGACUGGCAGAUAGGGGAGUGCGUGGCCAACUGGUGGAGGCCUAAUUUUGAGACCAUAAUGUAUCCAUACUGCCCUCCUCACAUAACAAAACCCAAGGAGUGCAAGAAGCUUUUCCUUGUUCACUUGUCUGAGCGCGAAUACUUUGCAGUGCCCAAAAACCUAAAACUGCUAGCUGUUCCAUUGUUUGAACUCUAUGAUAAUGUUCAGAGAUAUGGACCAGUUAUAUCAACCAUUCCUCAGCAGCUUUCCAGAUUCCAGUUUAAAAUGAUCACUAAUUAAUCGUAAAUUAUGAUCAACCAUUUCUACAAAAUUCUCUUCCAUUUUUCUUACUUUAGUUUUUAGAACUAGGAUCAAGUUAAUGCAUUAUUAUCACUGCAUAGACUGGGUAGAAUAUUGAGUUAAGUGCACUUUCUGAAAAUGGUAGAUACUUGCGAGUUGUGACAUGGAUUUUAUGUGUAAAUUUAGUGGAUUAUGUUCUAUCGUCCAUGGAUUGGUGUAUUAUCAAGCUUUAGAUGAGAUUUGACUUGUGUAGCGUGGAAGGUCCCCAAGGCCUAACCACGAUGCUCCUUAAUAUCAUCUAUUAAUGAUAAUGACUAUGAACA